GCUUCUACCUGUUCGACUUCCACUGUAGGACACUCUUACUACUGUACCAGGCAUAUUUUAAUUCAGUAGAGACAUGGAGCAGAGGACUUUCCUACAUCUUAGGGGAGUCAGACACACUCAGUCUAUGACUGCUGAGGCCUAAUUCACCCUCAAAAGAGCCAAUCCCCUUAAGGGAGACAUUACACAAUGGUUGGCUUUACCAUCACCCAAGAAGUCCUAGUUAUUGUCAUAUUGCUGCUUCAUUAUACAUCUACUGAGGAAAGACCCAACAAUGAGGACUCUUCUUUGAGUUUCACCCAGAGUUUGUAUCAUACAACCAUCUAUGAAAAUUCUGCUCCUAAGACUUAUGUAUUGAGCCAAGUAAGGAUGGGCAUUUACUUGAAGGAUCCUCAAUGGACGGUUAAGUAUCGGAUUGUGUCUGGAGACCCAACUGGACUUUUUAAAACAGAGGAGAUGGUGGUUGGGGAUUUCUGCUUUUUGCGCAUAAGGAUAAGGAGUGGCAAUACAGCCCUAUUAAAUAGAGAAGUUAAAGACAAUUAUCAUCUACUCAUUCUUGCCUCAGAGAAAUCCUUAGAUUAUGAAGCACGGACUAAAGUUACAAUCCAAAUUUUAGAUAUGAAUGAUCUAAGGCCUCUCUUCUCAACAACAUCAUACAAAUUUACAAUUAAUGAAGAUGCUCCUCUUAAAACUAUCAUUGGUAAGAUAAGUGCCACAGAUGCGGAUUUCGGACAGAAUGCUAUGUUCUAUUAUACCUUUAACACCAAGUCGUCACUAUUUAGUAUCCAUCCAACAAGUGGUAUUGUCAUGCUAAUUGGCCACUUAAACGCAACCCAUAGAAAUGUUCACAAGCUGGAAAUUUUAGCUGUUGACCGUAUGAGAAAAAUUGCAGAGGGUAAUGGAUUUGGGAAUGUAGCUUCAUUGGAGGUAUUUGUGCAGCCAGCCCCAAGGAAGCCUCCAUUUAUCUCAUCUGUUACAACAGCCAUGGCUGACUCAUCUGAUAGGCUCCUUUAUGCCACUGUGGUCAUGGACUUCUUAGAUCCAGGGUGCAGUAUAGAUUCUGUUGAGAUUGUUGAUGGAGAUUCAUUUGGUUACUUUAAAGUGCUAAGGUCAUAUGUGGGGAAAAAUGAAUUUACUGUGGUAUCAACUGCACAGAUAAACUGGCUAGAACAUUCACAAGGCUUUAAUCUAACUCUUAGAGCCAAAGACAAGCGAAAGCCACCAGUUUAUUCCCCCCUCAAAUCAAUUUACAUCCCUCCAUGGAGAUAUGCCAUGGCAAGAUUUGAACAGGAUGUCUAUAAAGUACAGAUUAGCGAAUGCUCCCCUCCCGGUACUUCAGUUGCUAUAGUAAAAAUUCAUCCAGCAGCUCCAGUGGGUGGAUAUUAUUUGAAAACUUCUACUGAUAAGUUUCGACUUAUGAGAAACAGUGGUUUGAUUCUCACCAGUAAACAUAUGGAUGUAAAAGAUCAUUCUCAGUUCAAUUUAGAAGUUACAGCACUCGAUGGCCAGGUCUCCACUACUGUUAUUAUUGAUCUUAUAGACUGCAAUAAUCACUCCCCUAUAUUCACUCAGUCCAAAUAUGAUGGAACAUUCAAUGAAAAUUCUCCUAUUGGAACAAAGGUAUUAAAAGUGUCAGCAACUGAUACAGACACUGGAAACAAUGGCAAGGUAAAUUAUAAGCUGGUUAGUCCGAAAUUUGCUCCAUUUAUAAUUGACCCAAUAACUGGAGUUAUUUCUAACAGUAAGGUGCUUGACUAUGAGUUAAAUCAAAGAAUAUAUUAUCUGAAAGUCUGGGCAUCAGAUCUGGGCUCACCUUAUCGUAGACAAAGUGAAGUUUAUGUUUCUCUCAUCAUGAACAAUCUAAAUGACAAUGCUCCAGUUUUUGAGAAGGUCAACUGCAAUAUAAGCAUUACAAGAGACAUGUCUAUUGGGGAAAAGGUGGCUGAACUCUCAGCAGUGGAUGUAGAUGAGCUUCAGACCAUACGGUACCAAAUUCUAUCUGGCAAUGAGCUACAGAAAUUCCGGUUGGAUCCAACAUCUGGAGAAAUUACAAUCAGAGGUGACUUGUAUGACCCAACAUCUUCACAUUCUUAUUUCUCAUUAGUUGUUACUGCCAGUGAUGGAGAAAAUGAAGCUGUGUCCACAUUUAUUAAUAUUACAAUAUUAAAUGAAGGUUCUCCCAGAUCUGCACAUUGUGAAGAAACUGGUGUGGUUAACAAGAUAAUGGAGAACAUGAAAAAUUACUUCAGUUUACAACCUGAAAAGCAAACCUUUGAGGAGGACACAUCAUUUAACAACCAUCUGAUAAAUAAUCAUGCACCUCAAUUUGAUGACAAUUUUCCAGUAUCUAAAGAUGUGAAUGAGGAUACAGUUGUCAAUUCUUCCAUUGCUUCAUUGACUGCCACUGACCUGGAUUCUGGAUUGAAUAGCAAGCUAGUCUAUGUGAUAUCUGAUGGAAAUGAUGAUGGCUGCUUUGAGAUCAACAUGGAAACGGGAGAACUGAUUGUUUCCUCACCUUUAGACCAUGAAUCCACAAGUUCAUAUAUUCUUAAUAUUACAGUUUAUGAUCUUGGAACACCUCAAAAAUCAUCUUGGAAACUUCUAGCUAUUAAUGUGUUGGAUGUAAAUGAUAAUGAACCAAAGUUUCCUUCAUCUGGAUACUGUGUGGUGAUACAAGAGGAUGCUAAGAUUGGUAGUGUUGUAGUUAAAGUAAAGGCAAAUGACAUUGACAAGGAAGACAAUGGCUGGGUAAGGUAUUCACUUCUAAACCCAACUGAUAAGUUUACCAUUAACAGUGUCACAGGUGACUUAACAGUUAAGAGCAUGUUAGACAGAGAGCUGUUGCCAAAAUAUAAACUUAAAGUAGAGGCCAGAGAUCAGUCAAAGAAAGAUAGGCAACUUUUUUCUGUGACUGAUGUUAUUAUAACACUGGAAGACGUCAAUGACAAUGCCCCAUAUUGCCGACCAGUAACUGCCAAUGUAAAAAUUGCAGAGGACAUUCCCAUAGGAACUGUUUUAUACUUUGUAGAUGCUCAGGACAUUGACUCUGGACCCAAUGGAGAGGUAUCUUAUACCCUGAUUAACAAUGAGCAAGGGAUAUUUAGUGUGGAAAAGUUUACGGGUGCUUUGAUAUUAGAAAAAGAACUUGACUUUGAAACUAGAACUUUCUACAACUUGACUGUCAGAGCUACAGAUGCCGGCCACCCAUUUCCACAUUCUUCUAUAUGCCACGUGGAGGUAGAAGUGCUCGAUGUGAAUGAAAAUCUACAAACACCUUUAUUUAGAACAUUUGUCUUCUCAAGCUCAGUAUUGGAAAAUUCUCCACCUGGGACACUAGUCCUUUCAAUCACAGCUCAGGAUGAAGAUAAAGGGAAGGAUGGUGAAAUACGUUAUUCCAUAAAGGAUGGAACAGACGUCUCCGUUUUCAGCAUAGAUGAGGAGACUGGGUCUAUCAAGACAGAGGCUCCUCUAGACCGGGAGUCUACUUCUCGUUACUGGUUGACCAUCUGUGCUACAGACUUGGGUUCCAUUCCACUGUCUUCUGUGGCUGAAGUCUACAUUGAAGUUGAAGAUGUAAAUGAUAACAUCCCUCAGUUAUCCAAGGCUGUAUUUUAUGCUUCUGUGCCUGAAAAUUCUCCUCCCAAUGUUUCCAUCCUCCAGCUAGAUGCCACCGAUGCAGAUUCUGUUUCAGCUGGCAAACUUUCCUUCCAUUUCUCCAGUGGAAAUAAUCAAGGGUUUUUCAUGUUAAACCCAAAUACUGGUUUAAUUUCUACAACUGAGAAACAGCUAGACCGAGAAAAUCGUGAAGAACACAUUCUUGAGGUCACAGUGUCGGACAAUGGGGUGCCUACUCUUCAGUCCUUCUCUCGUGUUGUCAUAAACGUUUUAGAUGUAAAUGACAAUACUCCAACAUUCUCCCAGAAACUGUUCACUGUACAGCUUCCAGAACGUGUUACCUCGUCCCCACCUUCUCCCAUCUACAGACUUAUAGCUAUGGACCGAGACCAAGGAAUUAAUGGCCAAGUGACAUACAGUAUUCUGGAACAAAAUGAAGAAAAAUUUAUUAUCAACUCCAACACUGGUGUCAUCUCAUCUGCUGCUUCAUUUUCAUUUGGAGAGUAUAACAUAUUGACGGUAAAAGCUACAGAUGGUGGUAAUCCCUCUCGAUCUUCCACUGUGAGAUUACACGUACAGUGGAUCAAAAAUCCAGGACCUUCAGAUGAAUCACUAGCAUUUGAUGAGCCACAAUUUGCUUUUGAAGUUAUGGAAACCGAUCCUGUGAACCAUAUGUUGGGGCUCAUCAGUACAGAACCGAUGUACAGUCAAUGUUGGUUUGAUAUAACAGGAGGCAACAAUGACCUAGACUUUGACAUCGACAAGAGCACAAGUGGUUUGCUCAUUGCUCAGCCUUUGCAGUCAAGAAGAAAAUCAUUCUAUAACCUUACUGUACAGGUCACAGAUGGUUCCCGUUCAAUAAGCACCCAGGUUCACAUCAAUGUCCUUCCGGUUAAUAAACACCGUCCAGAAUUUGUACAGGAUCACUACACAAUUCAAGUUCCAGAGGAUGUGCAGUUCGGUACGGAGGUGCAGAGAGUAAAUGCGACAGAUGAUGAUAGUGGGACGAGUCUGGUUUACACUAUACAAGGUAGUGCAGACCCAAGAAGUUCCAAAAUGUUCAGGAUGGAUCCUAAAACUGGUGCCUUGUACACCACAGAGACGAUGGACUAUGAGUCAAUGCCAAUUCAUAUUCUAACUGUUAUGGUGCGAGAUCAGGAAGCUCAAACCAAGCGUAAUUUUGUACGAGUGACAAUUCAGGUAGAAGACAUUAAUGACCAUUCACCUCAUUUCAUUACAUCUGCGUAUGAAGGAACUGUUUCUGACUCAUCAACUGCAGGAACUGAGGUGCUGCAAGUACGUGCUACAGAUAAGGACCAAGGACUUAAUGGCAAGAUCCAAUACUCCAUACAGUCAGGUAACAAUGAAGGAUAUUUUAAUAUCGAUGCCUCUUCAGGUCUGUUGACCCUAGCAAAAGCACUGGAACAAGCUAUGAAAAGCCAAUUUUCCUUGACAAUCCUUGCUGUAGAUCAAGGCACUCCACAACUUCAAGAUGUUUCCAUAGUCAACCUGCAAGUCAAAUCAACUGAUGCAUCACCACCAAAAUUUAUCUCUACAGAACAUGUGGUGGAGAUAAGUGAAUCAGUACCUAUUGGCUCUUUUGUCGCUAUGGUUUCUGCAACCAGCUGUUCCUCCAUCAAUUAUGAGAUCAAGGAUGGGAACAAGGAAGGCGUCUUCUACAUAAAUUGCUAUUCAGGAAUCAUCACCACUCAAAAAAGAUUGGAUUUUGAAACAACCUCAUCUUACCAACUCAAGAUACGCAGUUAUAGCUCCCUUGGAUUUUCUAGUGACACAACAGUUUUUAUCUACGUCAUUGACGAAAAUGAUAACUCCCCUGUCUUCUCACAAACAUCUUACUUUGGUCAAGUUAAUGAAGAUGCUCCCAUUGGAAGCAUGGUGACCAAUUUGGACCUCACUCCUAUGAUUAUUCAAGCUACUGACAAUGAUACAGAGUCCAAUGCUUUGUUGAGUUACCAAAUACUAGACCAUGAAAUGCGUAAUUACUUUAAUAUCAAUCCAAGUAUGGGAACAAUAUUUACAGUGGCAGAGCUUGAUUAUGAGCAGACCACACAGUUUUCUUUCUAUGUACAUGUAUGUGACUCAGGAAAUCCAAGUUUGUAUGCAUCUCAGCCAGCCAAGAUUACCAUCCAGGUCACUGAUGUCAAUGACUCCCCACCUCAAUUCCUGCAAGAUGUGUAUGAACUGAUUGUAUACUUACCAGUUUAUAACCAAAUGCAACUUCUCACUGUUUCAGCUGAAGAUAAAGAUUCCAAUGUGGAGUAUAGCAUCUCAGAAGGCAACACAGAUAGUGUAUUUUCAAUUGAUCCCAACAAUGGUCUUCUUGUUGUAAGUGAUUCUUCAAUCUUAAAUUCUUACUGUGAACUCUCAGUAAAAGCUUGGGAUGGGAUUUUCCAAGAUACUGCAGUAGUAAAAAUUAAUGUGACUGAAAUGCAAAGAACCAACCUUAAAUUUGAUCAUCCACUUUAUACAGUCAAUGUUACGGAAAAUGAUUCUCGCAUCUUGGAUUUAACAGUGGUAGAUGUGGUGGGAAACCAACUAAAUGAGCCAGUUUAUUUCUCUGUUCUUACUUGUACAGAGCAUUUCCAGAUGAGUGUAUCUUCUGGACUCCUCCAGACUAAAGGCUUGGAAUUUGACAGAGAGUAUCAAGACAAAUUUGAGGUGGUGGUGGAAGUAAAAGAUAGUAGAAAUCCACCCCGUGUGUCUCAAAGUCGGGUCAAGGUGUAUGUAGAAGAUAUCAAUGACAAUGCUCCAGAAUUCAUUAACACCCCAUAUUAUGUAGCUAUGGAGGAUGACCUAGAACCUGGAGAUGUUAUUUUCCAGGUGUCAGCUAUAGAUAAAGACCUUGGGAAAAAUAGUGAUCUGACAUACCAGUAAGAAGAUUACAAAUAUUUUCGGAUUGAUCCUUCACUUGGAGAUAUUAUUCUGAAACAACCCUUUGACUAUGAAGCAUUAAAUCAGUAUGUUCUCAAGGUCAUUGUCAGAGAUCAUGGUAAAAUUGCAUUGCAAGCUGAAGAAGAAGUCGUCAUCAUUGUCAGAAACAAAUCAAACCCAAUUUUUCAGAGUCUGUACUAUAAGGUGACAGUGCCAGAAAAUGUGCCAGCUUAUACUCCUAUAUUACAUGUCCAGGCUCGGAGUCCAGAAGGGUUCCGUGUGAUUUAUAAUAUUGUUGAGAAUGAGGCCCUUAGUCUAUUUAGCAUAGAUUUUAAGACAGGAUCCCUGAGUGUUUCAGGGCAAUUGGACUAUGAAACGAAACCAAAUCAUCUUAUAACUGUAAGAGCUACUGAUUCAGCCUUGGGUUACUUUUCAGAAGCAAAGAUCUUAGUUAUUGUGGAGGAUAUUAAUGACCACUCACCAGUCUUCUCACAGUCAGUCUACACUGGCCAUGUCCUGGAAAAACUACCCCCUUACAAAGCUGUCAUUCAACUUCUAGCUUCAGAUCAAGACUCUGGGAAAAACCAAGAGGUUUCAUAUCAUAUUAUAGGAAAUGACACAGAAGGAGCUGAUGAAUUCUUUCAUAUAAACCACAAAACAGGUGAAAUCUCCACUGCCCAAGAGCUGGAUUAUGAAAGCACCCGUCAGUUUCAUCUCAAAGUGAGGGCUACAGAUAAUGGUGUGCCUCCUCUGUACUCAGAUGCUCUGGUUAUCAUAAAUGUUACUGAUGUAAAUGACAACCCUCCAAAAUUCAGGCAAGAGCAGUAUGAGGCCAAUGUAAGUGAACUGGCCAACUGUGGACAUAUUGUGGUCAAAGUCCAAGCUCUUGACAUGGAUAACAUUGAUGCUGGUAAGCUGGAGUAUCUGAUCCUUUCUGGCAAUCACCAGAGACAUUUCACCAUAAACAAAGCUUCUGGAGUUAUAGCCCUUUCAAAUCUGUGUAGAAGCACUUUAAAUGUGUCUUACCAUUUACAAGUCUCAGCAUCAGAUGGUGUCUACAGGGAUAUUGUACCAGUAUAUAUCAAUAUCACUUAUGCAAAUAAGCAUACCCCGUCCUUUCAACAGGAUGUAUACGAGGUGGAACUUGUGGAAAAUGCAGAAAUAGGAACAACAGUGGUUGAAGUGAGAGCAAAUGAUCCUGAUGAUGGACCUUAUGGGACUGUGAAAUAUAUGAUAAUUAAUAAACUGGCUUUAGAAAUGUUUUCAAUAGAUAAUAAUGGCCAUAUAGCAACUUUGAGAAAAUUAGAUCGGGAGAAUGCAACGGAAAGAUUUAUAGCUAUUAAAAUCAUGGCCACAGAUGGAGGAGGAAGAGCUUCUUUCUGCACAGUCAAAAUUAUUGUGACAGAUGAGAAUGACAAUGCUCCAGUUUUCAUAGCAAAUGAGUAUGUACUAUCUGUCCAAUCUAACCUUAGUAAAGGAACCCCAAUUAUUCAGGUGGUAGCUUACGACGCUGAUGAAGGGCAAAAUGCUGAUGUCACAUAUUCUAUAGCUAAAUAUGAUGAAGAUCUUGUUCAGAUUAAUCCUUACAAUGGUACUAUCAUAGCAAAGAAAAGUCUUUUUGGAUUAGAAAACAAAGAUAUUAGUUUUACAGUUAUCGCAAAGGAUGGGGCACCACCCAACUGGAGCUCACUAGUACCUGUUCAUCUUCAUAUUGUGCCAACAGAGGUCACUUUGCCAAAGUUUACAGAAGCACUAUACAGCUUUUCAGCAUCUGAAGAUCUGCCCACAGGUUCAGAAGUGGGUUUGGUGAAAGCAACAGCUGCAGAACCAAUAAUCUACAGUCUGGUAGAAGGAACCACCCCAGAAAGUAACAAAGAUGGGGUGUUUAGUUUAGAUAAGCACACAGGAGCAGUGAUUAUGAAGAAAGGUGUAGACCAUGAAACAACCAAAUGGUACCACAUAGAUGUUCAGGCUAACUGCCCUCACUUAGGGAAAGAGUUGGUGAGUUUAGUCUCAGUGAGCAUUCAAGUGAAAGACAUUAAUGACAAUCAACCUGUUUUUGAAGCAGAUAUUUACAGAGCUUCAUUAGUGGAAAAUAUGCCUGCAGGAACUACUGUCAUACAAGUUACUGCCAAUGACCAGGACACAGGCUACGAUGGGAUAGUAUUUUACAGUCUGAAAGGAGAUAACAAUGAGAUCCACACUUUAUUUACCAUCGAUACUGACAGUGGUUGGAUCACAACACUUAAGGAGCUUGACUGUGAGAAACAAGAGGUAUACCGUUUUUAUGUGGUGGCUUCAGAUCAAGGCAAAAAAAUACGUCUUUCUUCAGAAGCACUAGUAGAGGUCACAGUCACUGAUGAUAAUGAUAACCCUCCAAGGUUCACCUCUCAGAUAUAUCGGGGAUCUAUAGCUGAAAACAGCCAGCCUGGACAAGUUAUAGCAACCAUCAAGACAUGGGACAAUGAUAUGACCGAAAGCAACAGGAAAGUCACAUGUUACAUAACAGAUGGAGACCCAUUUGGCCUUUUCAGCAUUAAUGAACUUGGGAACCAGUGGGUAAUUUCAUCCAAAAAACCCUUGGACAGGGAAGAGACAGAGAGACAUUUUUUGAGUGUGAUGGCUUCUGAUGGGAAAUUUCAAACUACUACUGAUGUGGAAAUCACUGUGUUGGACAUCAAUGACAAUAGUCCUCAUUGUCGUCAGAUGCUUUACCAAGCAAGGGUAGCUGAAGAUGCGCCCCCUGGUGUAUUUAUCCUCAAGAUAUCAGCCAAAGACUCUGACCUAGGUCACAAUGCCAUGGUCACUUAUAGACUUUAUGGGCUUGGAGAUGAUCAGUUCCGACUGGAUCCAUAUACUGGUGAGCUUACAACAUUGGCUCCACUGGACAGAGAGAAGAAAGCUUCUUACCACAUGCUUGCAAAGGCCACAGACGGAGGAGGACUGUCAUGUCAAGCAGACAUCAUCUUGUAUCUGGAAGAUGUAAAUGACAACGGCCCUGUAUUCUCUUUGGAUCACUACUCCGUCACUGUGUUUGAUAAUACUACUUUGAAGACUCCAGUUGCAGUGGUUUUUGCUAGAGAUCCUGAUGAAGGUUUAAAUUCUGAAGUUCGAUAUUACUUCAAAACCUCUGCCAAUGGACUUUUCAUAGUAGACGAAAACACUGGAGUGGUAUAUCUGGAAAAGCCUCUAGAAAAUAUGGAAGACCAAGUAAUUGAGUUGAACAUCUGUGCAGCAGACCGUGGUUUGCCCCGUCCACUUUCAACAUGUCUACCCAUUUCGGUAUCUGUAGUGUCUCUGAGUUAUUACCGAUCAGUUUUCGGGAACCCUGAAAAGCUUAUAUUGCUGCCAGAAGACCAGGCUGUAGGGUCAGAGCUACUGAAUCUUUCAGACUUGAGUCAAGAUUUGGAGGACAAAGCAAAGAUCACGUAUGAAAUCUUGAGUGGGAAUGAAAAUAAGAUGUUCCUUCUGCACGAUACAGGCAAGUUAUACUUGAACAAGAAGUUGGAUUAUGAAUCUCAGCAUCAGUAUUACCUGUCAGUCGAAGGUACAAGGGCAAGUUCUCCACCCAUGAGUGAUGUAACAGUCCUUGUGGUGAACAUAACUGAUGUAAAUGACAACAAGCCCAUCUUCAACCUGGAGGAAUAUGAGGCCGAAAUCAGAGAGGAUGCAGUUGUGGGUGAUCUAAUUGUGAUGGUAUCCGCUGCGGAUCUGGAUGGACCAAACAAUAAUAAAGUCACUUUCCAGAUUGUGAGAGGUGACCCUCUUGGCCACUUUUCAAUACACCCAGAGCGAGGAGAUCUGAGAGUUUUAAGUCGACUGGACAGAGAGAAGAAAUCCAAAUAUUCCCUCGUGGUACAAGCUACAGACAAUGGUAUUCCAUCUUUCUUCAGUGAAGCACUUGUCCAUGUACAUUUACUGGAUGUGAAUGACAACCCUCCCAUGUUCUUACAGUCCAACUAUAGUCUUGUACUUCAGGAUGGUUCUCCAGCUGGUACUAGUGUCAUGACACUUAUUGCAACAGAUAAGGAUUCCCCCAAACAUGGACCUCCCUUCAACUUCCGAAUCCUUCAAGGAAAUGAGAAGAAUGUGUUUCAUAUCAGCCAAGAUGGAAUCCUAUCUACAACAUCACUUCUCACCAGAACUCUGAAGGAGAAAUAUCUGUUAAAGAUCCAGGUUACUGACAGUGGCACCCCACAUCUCUCUUCAUCCACUUUUAUCAGUAUUCAAGUCAUUGACCAAAGCAGACACCCUCCUACAGUAUUGCCACUAGAAAUCUUCAUCACCAGUAGUGAAGUGUCUUUCCAUGGCAGUGUUUUGGGCAAGCUUCAUGCUACAGACCAGGAUCUCCAUGACACACUAAUGUACAGAUUGGCUGAAGAUGAAAGGAAAAGGGGCCUUUUUUCUGUAGGGAUAACAGAUGGAAAAGUUAUAGCACUACAAAGUCUUCACCAAGGACAUUACUUCUUCAAUGUGACAGUCACUGAUGGGACAUUUUCAUCCACAGCUCUUGUACAUAUCUAUGUAUGGUGUUUUAGUGAGGAGGCUCUUCAGCAAGCAUUGGUUUUACGUUUCAAAAACCUAUCUCCAGGAGACUUCAUAGGUGACCACUGGCGAAGUUUUCAAAGGUUCAUUGGGAACCUUCUAACAAUAGACCGCCAACAGAUUCAGAUGGCCAGUCUACAGAAGGAUGAGGAGUCUUUGGACCUUGUUUUGGUGACUGGAACAGGUUCCAACUCAUAUGCAAGUCCUCAGAUUCUUUCUGAGAAAAUCCAUGCAGCAAGACAUGAGCUUGACCAGUCUGUGGGGUUACACAUCGACAACAUAUUUUACCUGCCUUGUCAUGGAGCCCAGUGCAAAAGCCGCACAUGCCAUGAAGUAAUAAAGCUGGACCAGUCAGUACUAUCCUCUUACAGCACUGCUCGACUGAGCGUUAUUACACCACAGUAUAGUCUACAACAAGUCUGCAUAUGUAACAGUACAGCUUUGCGGUUUGACAGCCACAGUUUUUUGUAUUACCGCCACAAUGUCUCCAGAGGAUGGAAAGUCAAACUACAUAUUAAGACCCGCCAACCCCAGUCUGUUUUGAUGCAAGUUAAUGGUUCAUCCUCUUUUCUGUUGGAGCUUGAUAACGGUUACGUACAUUAUAAGCAUCUCUGCCAAGGACUUUCCACCCAGAAUCUGUUUUUGGAGACAUUGGUAAAUGACGGAGCUUUACAUAGUAUUAUGCUGGAAGUAACAAGUUCUUCUGUCAAAUUCCAUGUGGAUGGUGUGGACAUGGAGCAACCUCUACCCACAUGCAUUGGGAAGUCAUCUCACCUGAUCAUUGGUGGACUCAUACAAGACGACGGCCUUGUCUCUAAAGGAUUUCAUGGUUGCAUGGAUAACAUCACCAUUAAUGGACAAACAGUGGCAAGCCUGGGAUCAGCUCUUCAUCAGAAGAACAUUAUGCCAUGCUGUGAAAAUACUCAAGCCUGCAGCCAGGAGCCAUGUCCAAGUGGCAGAAUGUGUGCAGAGAUGGUAAACGGAGGUUAUUCGUGUCUCUGUCAUUCUCCAUUCUUGGGUCCUAAGUGUGAUCUGGGUAUAGACCCAUGUGCCAUAUCUUCUUGUAUGCAAGGUAGAAUGUGCACAUCCAUCUCCAAUGGUUUCACAUGCAGCUGCCCUCCAGGAUUUCAAGGUGAAAGAUGCUGUCAAGAUGGUUCCUGUGGGAAGGCAGACCUCUGCACACCCAGCAGCACAUGCAAUUGCAGUGAUAUUAAUGGUGGGCAGCUGUGUGCUGAAGUAGAUGGCCCUGAAAGAGAUAGAAGAUCCCUUAUAUCCGGAACUCAGGAGAUUGUCGAAAUCCUAGGAGGGGUACUUGCAGUCCUGUUCUUAGUGGGACUUUUUGUCAUCUUUAGAAAACGCAUUUGCAGACGGGCUGGAAGCCACAAACCUGCCCCACAAGAAGACCCAGACUUAAAACAAUACAUAUCCAGAGACAUAGGUGUGGGCACCCAAGGGGCACCAAUGGAACUUAACCUUCUCAGUUCUGUACCUCGAAACCAGUUGGAUGCGGAAGGUCAGUCAAGGAGAAACAAUGUUCCAGAGCUACUUACCUUCUGUAAACCACAGGGGACCCGGGGCCCUGCUGUCUGCAGUGUAGCACCCAAUCUACCUCCAGCACCUCCAUCCAGUUCUGACAAUGAGUCCAUUGCUAAAAACAACUGGGAUUGUGAAGAGAGCAUGUAUGCGGGUGAUUCAUCAUUUUGGCCAUCCAGCUAUAGUCCUGCAGAAAUACAGAGAUAUCCACAACCGAAAACUUCGACUGCCCCCCCUAUUCCGCCCCUUCCAAGAGAACCAGAGCAAGAGCCCUUAUUUGGUGGAUUCCCCUUUCCUUUACAACCUAACCACAAGAGAGCCCCAAUACCUCCUUGUUAUAGCAACCGGAAUGUGGAUGAUUUUUUUCCACAACCAUCUACCUGCCAGGACCAAUACACUGCAAUUAGCUAUUAUCCCUCACAACUCACACAGCCCAAAGGCCAAUCUUACCCAGCCAAGGAUGGACUCCAGCGUCUUAAUGUACGACUGAGCGUGGCACAACCAUCCUAUGCAGACUGUGGUGUUCCACCAAUGCCGAAUUCAAAUUACCAGGCUCCAGAUCUGGCAGAAAGUGACUAUGGCAGCUGUGAAGAAGUCAUGUUUUAAAACUGACCAGUGCUUUGGUUACAAAGAGAUACAUUUGGAAAUGGUCAUAAGAAGUACUAAAGAAAGCAAAGGAAAGAGGCCAUACAUAACAUCACUGCAGAAAGACCAGUUGGUAUUCUGCAACUAUACAUUGGGGACCGCCAUGGGGUUCUCAUCUGUGCCAUCAUAAGGAGAGCUUGUGUUUCAGCAUCUCAGUGCUGAAUAAUCUUGAAGAGAAAAUGUUCAUCCAGUGUGUGCAUAGAGGAACUAUGUACAGACCGUAAUAUCUUGCAGUAAGAUAGUACAGAGCUCAUAUAUUCCUAUAAAAUGCUGUGCAUGACACAUUUAAGUCCUGGUGACCCUAGAAAGCUGCACGGCAUACAGUAUUACCUCUGGCAGGGAAUGUUGUUUUGAGCCCUUUGAAGGUAACCUCACCCUGAAGUCUUUUUUUAUAGCAAAGAACCCAUUUUGAGGCACACUUUCACAAACCAAUACAAUUAACUUAUUAUUAUUGAAACUAUGUAGGUGCACAUUGGAGAAGCGGAGGCAAAACUCAGCAUUUUUAUAUUUGUUUACUGUAGGUUGCUUGCAUGAUAAAAGCAGUGUUAUAUCAAAAGACAAAAAUGCUGCCAAAAUUCUAGGAAUAGAGAAGUCACGGACCAAAAUAUAUAUGGCUGGCAGCUCAGGUACAAUAAGGUCUGCAACGACUAAUGAACUUACAGGACAUUUAUAGUCCCAUCGCCAGAGCACAUCAAUGUACUAACUCACAGUGAUAUGGCAAAUUAUGUAUAUUGUAUAUGCUGCCACUGGGGCCCUGAGGGCAUUGGAUGCAUCUAUUCCCUCCAUAUUGUUAUAUUCCAACUUUUGGUGUAUAUAGCUGUAUUUUUAAAAACAAUAAAAUAUAAUUUUUUAUAAAUA